AUGAAAUUAAUAUAUACAAUUUUAUUAGUUGCAACUUCUAUUGGAUGUUGGGCUAAAGGUAUUCGAGGUACUAUUGUAGAUGAGAUUGGACAACCAACCCCAUUUGUCAAUGUUGUGCUGAUGUCUGACUCAACUUUCAUUGAUGGGAAGGUUACUGAUGAUACUGGAGGUUUUAUGUUUGAAAAUGCUGAUAGUACUGCCAACAAGGUCAAAGUAUCCAUGAUUGGUUAUGAAGAUCUGAUAUUGCCUAUCCCCGCCGAUGGUAAUUUCAAUACUCUUUCUCUGUCACCCUCGUCAGUAAUGCUGGGAGAGGUAGUUGUCAAGGCAAGUCUUCCCUCUACUCGAAUAAAGGGCAAUGCGAUUGUCACCAACGUGGAGAACAGUGUGCUGGCUACCACAGGCUCGGCUAAUGAUGUGCUUAAAAAUGUGCCGAUGCUGACUGGCAGCAACGGUAAUUUCAGCGUGUUUGGCCGUGGCAAUGCAAUAAUUUAUAUCAACGGUCGCCUCGUAAGAAACUCAAGCGAGGUGGGACAGCUUGCUUCCUCGGACAUCAAGGAGGUGCAGGUUAUCAAUAAUCCCGGUGCGCAAUAUGGAGCUGAUGUGAACGCUGUGAUAAAGAUUGUUACCAAAAAGCCAGUUGGCGAGGGUUUCAGUCUUUCCGCAUAUACUGACAAUAUUUACAACAAAUGGUUCACCACAACAGAACAACUUGAUUUGAAAUAUCGUACAGGCGGACUUGAAAUAUUUGCCACAGGCAAUUUCAGUCAUGGCAAGAACUAUGAUGAUGAAUACAUUUUGAGUACAACGAAUGGCAAAUCGGUAUUAUCCAUGGUGUCGGAAGAGUCCGUUAGCACAACGCAAACCACUAUAUCCGGCAAAUUUGGGUUUAACUACCAAUUUAACGAAAAUCAUAGUAUAGGCGCUUAUUAUCGUAAUGAUUAUAAUAGAGGUCAUCACUAUGGAUAUUUUCUAAAUGAUAUUACCGAAAAUAGCUCACUCUCUGAGUCAAGUGCAUCAGAUCUUAAAGGUUGGUUCAAGGCCCUCCCUUGCAACAGCGCGAAUGUAUAUUAUAACGGCACCGUCGGAAAAUUUACUUUUGAUGUGAACGGUGACUAUAUGCAGACAAAGGAUAAUGACCGCACAUACCAGUACGAGCAAAACCAAUUUUCCGACAACCGUAAUGUAACGACAUUCAACACCUCCCGAAACCGCCUUUUCGCUGAAAAGGCCACGGUGUCAUAUCAACUGCCGAAAGGGAGCGUACUCAUCGGAGAAGAAUAUACCAACUCUCGCAGCCGUAACGAUUUUCAAAAUCCGGAAGCGAUAUUGAACAGCGAGGAAACCGAUGUACGGGAAAACAAUAUCGGUGUGUUCGCGGAAGUCAGCCAGACUUUCGGUGAUUUCAGCGCAUCAGCCGGAGUUAGAUACGAACACGUUAAAUCCGACUAUUAUAUCAACAAUCGGCUCGCAGACGGGCAGAGCAAGACCUAUGACAAUUUCUUUCCGUCGGCCAACAUAACUUAUUCGCCCGGUGAUUUCAGGUUUUCGUUAUCAUACAGCAACCGAACCGUGCGACCGACAUAUCAAAAUCUUAACGGCAACUAUUUCUAUGUAAAUUCCAUUUUAUAUACCCGUGGCAACCCAUAUCUCGUGCCCUCCAAACGACAGGACUUUACCGCACAGGCAUCUUGGAAAUACAUAACCCUUUCAGCCCAGUAUUCCUACACAAAAGAUGCUAUCGUGCAGGUCUAUGAACCGUAUGAGGGCAACGACCGUAUCAACGUGUUCACCGUCACCAAUAUGCCGAGCCACAAGUUGUUUUCAAUAUUUGUAAACGCCUCACCUCAAUUCGGCAUAUACAACCCGUCGCUCUCCUUGGGUAUGCAGAAGCAGUGGUUUGAUGUCGAAUAUCUCGGGCAGCAUAAGAAAAUGAACAGCCCCAUAUUCACCAUUCAAAUGAAUAAUACCCUGACACUUCCGCACGAUUGGUUUAUCGAGGCUUCACUAUGGUGGCGCAGUCACGGUGAUUGGAAGAACUGGGCCUAUACCCAUACUCUUUCAACCGUCAAUCUCCGGGUCUAUAAAAUGUUCCUUGACAAAAGCCUUACCGUUUAUCUUGGCGUGAAUGACAUAUUCAACGGUCAGAUAUACAAGGCAAAUAUAUACAGCGGCAAUGUGAUGAUGCAGUCA